AUGUACUUCUGCCUCAACUCAACUUCCUUCAAAUGGCGAGACAAUUACUACCAGCAACUUCAAGGUGCAGCCAUGGGAUCGUCUCUUUCACCGGUUAUAGCCAACAUCUUCAUGGAGCACUUCGAAACAACGGCACUCCAGACUCUCUCACAACGCCCUUCUCUCUGGCUCCGAUAUGUCGACGACACAUUCGCCAGUUGGCCACAUAGCGGACGUUACUCGGACCACUUCCUCGCCCACAUCAACCAGCAUCACCCGAGCAUUAAAUUCACCAUGGAGACCAAGCAAAACAACAGCAUCCCCUUCCUAGACAUCCUCUUUACCAAAUCGUCAUCCGGCAAACCCGCUCACCAAGUCUACAGGAAACCCACACACACCGAUAGAUAUCUUCACUACAGAUCCUUUCACCAUCCAUCCGUACUACAAUCGGUCUCCAACGCCCUCAUCCGCCGAGCCCAUCAACUGAGCGAUGCCGACCAUCUAGACCAGGAAAUCCAGCAUGUCACCACAGCCCUAACUACCAUCAACAAAUACCCAAGACAUAAGAUCAAGAACCAGCUUCAGACGCCAGAAGGCAGCCUUCAUCAUUUCAUGAAGCACUACCCCAUGGAAAGGAGCCCAGGAGGUACCAACACCCUUGGUAUCAUGCGCACGAGGACGCACACCAUCCGAGAGAACUUCAGGACCCGCCGUUUGAACCGCCUCAACAAACCAUCUAGAGAUAGAUUCCUUCGAGGCAGAUGA